AUGCCUCUCUUUCCUUAAUUUCUUCAUAUAUAUUCAUGCAUUCGCUUCAUUUCAUUCAAAUUUGACACUCAGAAAAAGACCAAAGAUCCACCCUUUUCUACUCCUUUUCUCCUUCACCCUUUUCCCCCUCCAUUUUCUCCUCCUAUUUUUACUCCCUUCUCACAAUACUUCACUUUCAUUUUUGGUUUGUAACUUCCCUCAGCAACCAAUCAAAUCUUUAUUAAUCCCCAUUUUCAGUUUUUUUUUGUUUGUUUAACAUACAUUUUUCAUUUCAAAAUUCAAUCUUGAAAUUAUAAGAAAAGAAAAGUUGAAAAGGGAGAAUUUUUAAAACUUUUUUGCUUUUUUACUUUUUGGGUAUUUUGAGUGUGGAGAAAAUCUUUGCUUGAAAAGGGAGAAUUUUUUUAAAACUUUUUUGAUUUUUGGGGUUUUGGGUGUGGAGAAAAGGUGCAAUCUUUAUUUGGAAUGGCGGGAGUUGGAGGAAAAUUGAAGAUUUUUAGGCCACUUUUGUCAAUUUCAUGGAGUUUUCUCUUAGCUGCAAUAUUUGUUUCAGCAGAAAGAAGCUUAAGAAGAGAAGCUAUAGCCCAAAGUGCAACUGAGCUUUCAGAUGCAGAUUACCUUUCAACUGUUGUCAACUUUUUAUGGAAGCCUAAUGAAUCUGGUUACCAUCAUGUUUGGCCGGAUAUGAAAUUUGGAUGGCAAAUUGUUCUCGGUACCCUUAUUGGAUUCUUGGGCGCAGCAUUUGGAAGUGUAGGUGGCGUUGGUGGUGGUGGCAUAUUCGUACCCAUGCUUAGUCUUGUCGUUGGAUUUGAUCCAAAAUCGUCUACGGCAAUUUCAAAAUGUAUGAUUAUGGGAGCUGCGGUCUCUACUGUUUACUAUAACUUAAAGCUCAGGCAUCCCACAAUUGACAUGCCUAUUAUCGAUUAUGACUUGGCUGUUCUCAUCCAGCCAAUGCUGAUGCUCGGCAUUAGUAUCGGAGUUGCUUUCAAUGUGGUAUUUGCUGAUUGGAUGGUUACAGUUCUGCUAAUUGUUCUCUUCCUUGGCACAUCAACCAAGGCCUUUCUAAGAGGGGUUGAGACGUGGAAGAAAGAAACUAUUAUUAAAAAGGAGGCCGAGGCAGCGAAAACCUCAGGGACUGGUGAAGAAGCAGAAUACAAGCUCCUUCCCAGCGGUCCCGCUAAUGGCACUGACAAGGACGCCAAGGUUUCUUCCGAACGAGAGGUUCCUGUUAUGGAGAAUGUUUGCUGGAAGGAAUUCGGACUCCUCUGUUUUGUUUGGAUUGCAUUUCUAGCGCUGCAAAUUGGAAAGAUUUACACAGCUACUUGUUCGGUGUGGUAUUGGGCGGUGAAUUUAUUGCAGAUCCCGGUUUCUGUAGGGGUAUCUUCAUUUGAAGCUAUUAGUCUGUACAAAGGUUGGAGAAAGAUUCAAUCCAAGGGAGAAGACGGCACCAAUUUCCGCGUGAUGCAACUGAUUGUUUAUUGCUUCUUCGGUAUACUUGCUGGUCUGGUUGGCGGACUUCUUGGUCUUGGCGGAGGGUUUAUCAUGGGUCCGCUCUUUUUGGAGCUCGGUGUCCCUCCUCAGGUCUCAAGUGCCACUGCCACCUUUGCGAUGAUGUUCUCCUCAUCAAUGUCCGUGGUGGAGUAUUACCUUCUAAAACGUUUCCCAGUUCCUUAUGCACUCUACUUUGUUGCUGUGGCAACUGUUGCUGCUUUCGUUGGGCAACACGUUGUGAGGAGGUUGAUUGUUGUACUAGGACGAGCGUCUCUUAUCAUUUUCAUCCUUGCCUUCACCAUUUUUGUGAGCGCAAUAUCGCUAGGUGGGGUUGGAAUCUCAAAUAUGAUUGGGAAGAUCCAGCGCCACGAGUAUAUGGGAUUCGAGAACCUAUGCAAAUACGAGGUUUAAUGGUGUGAAGCAAACUGGUCCUAAUACAUUACUGCUUCACUAAUUUGAAGUCUUGGCGUCAAAUUGGAGGCAAAUUCUGGGCUUGGUGAAUGGAAAAUAACAGUCACCUCAAAGUUAGUUCCAUUCUACAUUAGCUAUAGACCAACAGUAAUUUUUUACUGUUAGAGAUUUUGCUCUGUAGCAAAUUAUGGGAAUUAAAAGUAGAAAUCUUGUUGUUUAUGGAUUUUUGUCCUUUUUCCCCUGUAAUUCAUUUUUGAGUUUCUCUAUUUUCAUGCUUCCAUCAAUUGAAAUUCUGGAACAUCUUAACACCAGGAAUAAUGGAGAAAAGAUUGGAAUAGGUUGAUUUUUGUUUUGGUUAUAAUAUUGUUUUGUUCACUCUGCCAGCAAUAUUAGUGAGCUUAUUCA